AACAGGUAAUGACGGGUAAUAAACAAGAGUGGCAUCUGGUUUGAUUAGUUUGGGUGUGAAGAGUGCAAACCCUGAGAGGUCAGAGCGGCUCCUCCCGGGCUGUGGCUCAGAGUUUCUCAGGUUUCAGGUAAGUUAAAGGUUGUCACAGUGAGAUGAAACGGAUGAGUCCUCCGGGCUGGACCUUCAUUGCGCCGCCCCUCUCGGGUCUGGUUCCGGGAUUUCUGUCGGAGUGAGCCCUCUGCCUGCGUUUUUCCUCUCUGGGUCUUGACGUGGCGGCCGCCAUAUUGUUUUGCUGUGUUGUCAGUGGAGAGCGGCGGCAGCUUCAGCGGCGUGUGACCCCCCCCUCCCACUUCCUGGUGUUUCCAUGGCGACCUUUCCAGAGUACAUCGCUCAGAAUGAGGAGCGCGACGGCGUCCGUUUCAGCUGGAACGUGUGGCCGUCGAGCCGGCUGGAGGCGACCCGGAUGGUGGUGCCGGUGGCAGCUCUGUUCACCCCGCUGAAGGAGAGGACCGACCUGCCCCCGAUCCAGUACGAGCCGGUUCUCUGUAGUCGCGCCACCUGCCGCGCUGUACUCAACCCACUCUGCCAGGUGGACUACAGAGCCAAGCUGUGGGCCUGUAACUUCUGCUACCAGAGGAACCAGUUUCCUCCGUCCUAUGCCGGGAUCUCUGAGGUGAACCAGCCUGCCGAGCUGCUGCCUCUGUUCUCCACCAUCGAGUAUGUGGUUCAGAGGGGCCCUCAGAUGCCGCUGGUGUUCCUGUAUGUGGUGGACACCUGCAUGGAGGACGAGGACCUGCAGGCGCUGAAGGAGUCUCUGCAGAUGUCACUGUCUCUUCUCCCGCCCACCGCGCUCGUCGGACUCAUCACCUUCGGACGCAUGGUUCAGGUGCACGAGCUCGGCUGCGAGGGUAUCUCCAAGAGCUACGUCUUUAGGGGGACCAAGGACCUGAACGCCAAACAGCUGCAGGAGAUGCUGGGUCUCACCAAACCUUCGGCCGCUCAGGGACGAGGACCUCAGGCGGCGCCGCAGCAGUCAUUCAACAGGUUUCUGCAGCCGGUGCAGAAGAUUGACAUGAACCUCACCGACCUGCUGGGGGAGCUGCAGCGCGACCCCUGGCCUGUGACGCAGGGCAAGAGACCGCUGCGCUCACUGGGUGUCGCCAUGUCCAUCGCCGUGGGGCUUCUGGAGUGCACCUUUCCAAAUACUGGCGCACGCAUCAUGACCUUCAUAGGCGGCCCGGCGACGCAGGGGCCCGGCAUGGUGGUGGGAGACGAGCUGAAGACUCCGAUCAGGUCCUGGCACGACAUCGAGAAGGACAACGCCAAGUUCAUGAAGAAGGCCACCAAACACUACGAGUCUCUGGCCAAUCGAGCGUCCAGCAACGGUCACAUCAUCGACAUCUACGCCUGCGCCCUAGAUCAGACCGGCCUGCUGGAGAUGAAGUGCUGCACCAACUACACCGGCGGUUACAUGGUGAUGGCCGACUCCUUCAACACGUCUCUGUUCAAGCAGACCUUCCAGAGGGUUUUCACCAAAGAUGUCCAGGGAUCCUUUAAGAUGGCCUUCGCCGCCACGCUGGAGAUCAAGACGUCCAGAGAGAUCAAAGUGUCCGGUGCCAUUGGCCCCUGCGUGUCUCUGAACGCCAAAGGACCCUGCGUCUCCGAGAACGAGAUCGGCACGGGAGGAACCUGUCAGUGGAAGGUUUGCGGACUGGAUCCGAGUACCACGCUGGCGCUUUACUUCGAGGUCGUCAACCAGCACAAUGCGCCGAUCCCUCAGGGCGGCCGCGGGGCGAUCCAGUUCGUCACGCAGUACCAGCACUCGUCAGGUCAGCGACGCAUCCGGGUCACCACCACCGCCAGGAACUGGGCCGAUGCUCAGACGCAGAUUCAAAGCAUCGCGGCGUCCUUUGACCAGGAGGCGGCGGCCAUCCUCAUGGCGAGGUUGGCAGUGUACCGGGCAGAGACGGAGGAGGGGCCGGACGUGCUCAGGUGGUUAGACAGACAGCUGAUCAGACUGUGUCAGAAGUUUGGCGAUUACCACAAAGACGACCCGAACUCGUUCCGGUUCUCCGAGACCUUCUCCCUGUAUCCCCAGUUCAUGUUCCACCUGCGGCGUUCGCCGUUCCUGCAGGUGUUCAACAAUAGUCCUGACGAGAGCUCGUAUUACCGACACCACUUCAACCGGCAGGACCUGACGCAGGCGCUCAUCAUGAUCCAGCCGGUGCUCUACGCCUACUCCUUCAACGGCCCGCCUGAGCCCGUCCUGUUGGACAGCAGCAGCAUCCUGCCCGACCGAAUCCUUCUGAUGGACACGUUCUUCCAGAUCCUCAUCUACCACGGAGAGACUGUGGCUCAGUGGAGGAAGGCCGGCUAUCAGGACAUGCCCGAGUACGAGAACUUCAAACACCUGCUUCAGGCUCCGGUGGACGACGCCCAGGAGCUGCUGCACACGCGCUUCCCCAUGCCGAGAUACAUCGACACGGAGCACGGCGGCAGCCAGGCUCGCUUCCUGCUCUCCAAAGUGAACCCCUCCCAGACCCACAACAACAUGUACACCUGGGGGCAGGAGUCCGGCGCUCCGAUCCUGACAGACGACGUCAGCCUGCAGGUGUUCAUGGACCACCUGAAGAAGCUCGCUGUCUCCAGCGCCGCCUGAGUGUGCCAUCAGCUCACCUGUCCUCAUCUGUUUGUUCUUUAUUUGUUUUCUUGCUGCCUGUGUUUCCAUGGCAACAGUUCACAAGCACCAUCAACCAAUCAGCAGCAGGUUUAGAGUUUUAACCUCACAGUGUAGAGAUGCUAUUGUUAAUUGGCCUUUUUUAAAAAAAAAAAAAAAAAUGAAGUUGCAUUUGAUUGGUUGAUCCUCUCAGACAGCGGCAGUGAUAGCUUUCACAAUAAAAGCCACUGUGUAGUUUUAGUCUGUCAAGCUUUUAUUGUGAAACAACAGCAGGAAGCGGUGGCUGUCGGGAGUUUUUUCCCCCCAUUUGGCUAAAAAGUUUUAAAAUGAUUUUAAAAUUUUAAGUGAUUUUUCUAAAUUUAGGAACAGGAAACAGGAAGUGAGGAGUUUUGUUUUUUUAGAAAGCAUGUGAUGUCACUGAGCGCGCGAAGCUGUCUGCUUGUGUUUGAACACUAACCGAGAACGAGCGCAGAUGUUCACCUCGCCACUGUUCUCGUCUUUCUAAUAAAAUCUGCAGAAUUUUA